CUGCCGUACAGCAAUGAAGGGCAAUUUGGGAAGACAAAAAGAGGGCUUUAUAAAGCGGUGAAUCAUCGGCAGCAGCAGCAAAACCAGCGCUCGCAGCAGACAGACAACAGAGGUGUAGUUCGUGAAGAUAUUAAUUAUAAGCUGCAAAGAGGCACUGCAUUGUAUUUGAACAGCUUAAGUAUUGUUUGGUUUAUGUCAAGGUUUAAAUAGCUUCAAGGUCUACCAGUGUUCCAUUUCUCUACUGGACUUCUAUCUUAUACAAUGGGUAGCACAUUUAAACCGCAUAUUUUGGUGGAGAAGCUGGUCAAGCUCAACAGUUCACAACAAAGCAUUGAAACUCUGUCCCAUUGGUGUAUUUUCCACAUGAACAAAGCAAAGAAUGUUGUUGAAACGUGGGACAGGCAGUUUCAUUGCUCACCGCGUGAACAGCGGUUGGCUUUUCUGUAUCUUGCAAACGAUAUUAUCCAAAAUAGCAGGCGAAAGGGUUCGGAGUUCGUUGCUGAGUUUUGGAAGGUUCUGCCAGGUGCACUUCGUGUUGUACUUGAAAUCGGAGACAAGUCUGAAAGGAAUGCUGCAAUGCGGCUGAUUAACAUAUGGGAAGAAAGAAAAGUCUUUGGCUCUCAAGGUCAGCUUCUCAAAGAUGAGCUUGUAGGGAAGAACCUAAACAUAAGCAACAAUCCUCCAGUAUUCAAAUUGACAAAUGCAGCUGGAAAUGCUCUGGAAAAAAUAGCAUCUGCUUAUCAGGUUCUUUAUGGUGGUCAACUAGAUGAAGAAACUAUCUUGCAUAAUUGUAUGAAUUCUAUUAGAUACAUUGAAAAAGUAGAGAAGGAAAUUGGCGGUGGUAUAAGCUCAGAGAAACUCAUCCAAUCUGGCACCGUGGAGGAGAUUAGGGGGCAGCAGGCUAUACUGAUGGGUUGUAUUGAACAGCUUAGGGAUGUACAGUCUUGCAGGAUAAGCCUUGUCUCUUAUCUUACAGAGGCUCUUCACGAACAGGAGGUAAAGCUAAGUCAUCUUCGACAUCAACUACAGGAUGCAGAAUCUCAGUCAGAGCAGGCCGAAAAUCUUUGCAGACAUAUUAUAAACACUGUUCAUUCUCUGGCUGAAAAGAAAGAUUCACAUAAUAACUCAGAGGCAUCUCAAUGUUUAACGGAUGACAUUGAAGUACAAACUGCUCCGGUGAUGUACACAAAACAAGUGCAAUAUAAUGAGAAACUUUACCACAGUGCAGAAAAUUCUAAAUCUGCUGUAGCUGGACCAGCAGCCCCUGUGACUGCAACCACAUCCGCAGCUCAGGUGCUACCUUAUGUCCUACCUGCUGUUGCAUCAGAUGGGGUCAUUGUCAACACAGUGAAGGGACCUUCAGAUGAUUAUCCACUUGAAAAAAAGCUGAAGCUUGAGAGUGGUCACUCUGUUUACCUACAAUCUGAGAUUCCUCAGCCACCUGUUCCACCCUAUCCGCAUCCAGACUCAUUGCAGCAUCAUGUUGCAAUCACCUCCAACGAGUUGGCUCCACAAGUUCAACCACCACUUCCAUUAUCUCCUCCACCUAUGCCACCACUACCACCUUCAAAUCCAUUUCAAGUACCUCAGUUCAUGCCGAAUGUAGGGUCGAUGGCUACUGCACCUGCACCAUAUAGCUAUGGCUUAAUCCAACAGCUGCCGCCGCCACCCUUUCCCUACCCUGCUGUGGGGUCUGAAUAUAAUGGAAGUUCAAACUUUCCAGCUCCUCCACCGAUGCCUUAUCAGAAUGCUGGUAGAUUCUAUGGCCAACAGUCCUUCCCGGCAACACCAGUGUCUCGGCAACUGUAAGAAGGUGAUGUCCUGGUACUUUUAGACAGCUCAAAAACGAGGAAAGAAAUUAGUUGUUCUCCGUUCUUAUAUACUGCUUCAGACUAUCGAUUGAUUAUGUUGUAUAGGGGUUUGUAAAUUAUAUAUUUAUGUCCCCGGAUACAUAGAAUCAAAUUUUAUAGAGUUGUUCAAAGUAUAUAUC